GCUCGCCCUCGCAGCCUUCGGGGAGUCUGGACGGGAGGAACCAUGGCGCUCGGUGUUCUGUUCUGCAUCGCGACCACCUUUUUCGGUUUAGUUCAUUUAACUCCGUUCGCGUCACUCGAAGAGGAAUAUCAAUUCAAACAGUGGAUGUCACAGUACAACAACAUUUAUGAAAACGAGGAGUAUUACCACCGGCUUCGCAUAUUCACGGAAAACAAGAGGAAGAUUGAUCAUCACAAUGCUGGAAAUCACUCCUUCACGAUGGGCUUGAAUCAGUUCUCUGGCAUGACAUUUGAGGAAUUCCGGAAAUCUUUUCUUUUGACCGAGCCUCAGAACUGCUCAGCUACUAAUGGGGGUCAUCGCAGCAGCGCUGGUCCUCAUCCCGAGUCCAUUGACUGGAGGAAGAAGGGCAACGUUGUGACUCCUGUGAAGAACCAGGGUCCGUGUGGAAGCUGUUGGACCUUCUCUACCACUGGCUGUCUGGAGUCGGUGAAUGCUAUUGCUUCCGGAAAGUUAAUAUCUCUGUCCGAGCAGCAGCUGGUAGAUUGUGCCCAAGACUUCAACAAUCAUGGAUGCAUGGGUGGGCUCCCCAGCCAGGCAUUUGAGUACAUCAAAUACAACAAAGGCCUUAUGACAGAGGAGGACUAUCCCUACAAAGGACAGGAUGACACUUGCCAGUUUAAGCCUUCCCUCGCAGCUGCUUUUGUCCUGGAUGUUGUCAACAUAACGAGUUAUGAUGAAAAGGCCAUGGUUGAUGCUGUGGCCCGGCUCAACCCCGUGUCCUUGGCCUUUGAGGUCAUUGCUGAUUUUAUGCACUACAGAGAAGGUGUUUACACCAGCACCCAGUGCAAGGACACAGCGGAUAAGGUGAAUCACGCCGUCCUGGCUGUGGGUUAUGGUGCCGAAGGGAACGGCACGCCGUAUUGGAUUGUGAAGAACUCCUGGGGCUCCAACUGGGGAAUGGACGGAUAUUUCUUGAUCGAGCGAGGAAGAAACAUGUGUGGACUGGCUGCAUGCGCUUCCUACCCUUUGCCUGUAGUUUGAGGACUGACAUGGCGACUAAGUGGAGGACUGAGAAUACUCAGGAAAAUGUAACCCAGAGACAACAUGCUUUCAUGCUCCCUGGAGUGUUUUAUGUAGAAGUUUGAUUUUUAAACAUGAUUUACACUCCAUACAUUUUUGAUAAUAAACUCAUAAAGAAGAUGCAUUUAAUUGUUUAAAGAGAAGUAGCCACUAUACCAAUACUUCACAUAAUCAGUUCUGUGACAUUCCUGGUGUUAGGCACAGCAAUAAAGAUUCCUGCAGAUCAAAUAUAUUCUGUUAUCGCAGGUCUUUUAGUCCAUUGACUCCAUUUGUUGGUGAAAGACUUCUCUAUGACUCCAUGAAGACACAAUCUUGUGUAUGAUAAUCUCUGGACUUUUUUAUGAGGACAAGCUGCUGAGUUCUCUAUUUUUUCUGACCUGAUAAAAUACAUUUAAAGGGGGUCUUGCCCAAGAGGUACAGAGUCCGCUCAGAUGGGGAGCAAUUGUUUUUUUCCAUUACUACUUGUUUUUAUAUUAAACAAUUCUCCACUUUC